UUUUUUGCUUGCCUUGCCGGAGAGACCAUGGCUCCCUUUGGAAGAAAUUUAUUGAAGACGCGACAUAAGAACAGAUCUCCAACUAAGGACAUGGAUUCCGAAGAGAAGGAAAUUGUGGUUUGGGUUUGCCAGGAGGAAAAGAUUGUCUGUGGAUUAACUAAACGCACCACCUCCACCGACGUCAUCCAGGCUUUACUGGAGGAGCAUGAAGCUACCUUUGGAGAGAAGCGGUUUCUGCUGGGCAAGGCCAGCGACUACUGCAUCGUGGAGAAGUGGAGAGGCUCAGAGCGGGCCCUUCCUCCCCUGACGAGGAUCCUGAAGUUGUGGAAGGCUUGGGGAGAUGAGCAAGCCAAUAUGCAGUUUGUUUUGGUUAAAGCUGACGCCUUUCUCCCUGUUCCGCUGUGGAGGACGGCUGAAACUAAACUUGUGCAGAACAGUGAAAAGCCAUGGGAGCUCAGCCCGGCCAAUUACAUGAAAACUUUACCACCGGACAAGCAAAAACGAAUCGUCAGGAAAACCUUUCGGAAACUGGCGAAAAUUAAGCAGGACACGGUUUCUCACGAUCGAGACCACAUGGAGACCUUAGUUCAUCUAAUUAUUUCUCAAGAUCAUACCAUUCACCAGCAAGUACAGAGAAUGAAAGAGUUAGAUAUGGAAAUUGAAAAAUGUGAAGCUAAGAUCCACCUGGACCGGGUAGGGCAUGAUGGGGACAAUUACGUUCAGGAGGCGUAUUUAAUGCCCAGGUUCGGUGAAAAUGAGCCAAAGCUAGAUUUUCCACCUGAGGACAGCCAGGCUCCGACGGACCCGAACGACAGCGAGGGGAUGGCACAGCUGGAAGAACGGUUGCAGUACUACAGGGUGCUCAUCGAAAAGCUCUCGGCGGAAAUUGAGAGGGAGGCGAAGAGCUCGGGCAUCGACGGAAGUGAAGAUACAGAGGGGGCGGCGGCCUGGGAACUCGAAAACUCUGAUCUGGAGAACGUGAAGUGCGAUUUGGAGAAGAGCAUGAAAGUUGGUCUGAAAAUCCACUCUCACUUGAGUGGCAUCCAGAAAGAGAUUAAAUACAGUGACUCACUGCUUCAGAUGAAAGCGAGGGAAUAUGAACUCCUAGCCAAGGAGUUCAGUUCGCUUCACCUUAGCAACAAAGAUGGAUGCCAGCUAAAAGAAAAUAGAGGAAAGGAUUCCGGCGCUCCCAGCAGCGGUGAGGAGAUCCCUCCGUUAGCUCCAGGGGUGUUGAACACAUACACAAAUGACACAGAUUCGGAUACUGGCAUCAGCUCCAACCACAGCCAGGACUCUGAAACGACUCUGGGGGACAUACUGCUGUUGUCAACAUAA